AGGGGACAAUGGCCGGCUCCCGCGAGAGAUUGCUCUAUGAAAGGAGGCCUGAUUACGAAUAUGAAUACGAAUUCAGACGGCGAUAUGAACCGUACGAUAGAGAGACCAAUCGAUACAGGCAGGAGAGGCGACGUGAUCUACACGACCGGCCGCGCCGCAAGAACGGCUAUGUGUAUGAAGAUAUAUACUCCGACUUCGACGAGGCACAAGGUCGGCUCUCCCUGUUCAGACCUAUUAGGCCCGAGUACUUGAACCUCCCCACGACUUACGACAUCAAAUACAAUUCACUGCCACGAAACUAUUACAACUAUGAAGACAGAAACAAUCGGAGGUACAAGAAGGACCAUUACGACUUUAGAAUCGAAAACGAGAGGCGAACGCGGGAAUCUUAUGAAUCUUAUAGGAAAGCUAUCGAGACUAGACCAAAAGAGACUAAUUCAAAGAAACCUUUACAACCAACCAUAAAUUUAACGAGUAAUUCUACUAAAACUAACUUGAACGCUCCAACGAAUUCUAGUUUGAAGCAACCGAAAAAUGUUGCGGUGUGUAAACCUCACCGAAUAUCUGAUAAGAGUGCUCGCUAUUGGACAACGGACCCGCCCGAGCGGGGCCGAGCUCGUCCGAAAAAGCCCGAAGAGGUGAAAAAGAACGUGAAAUUUUCUGAGGUGUCGGGCUGUAACAGAAAGAUGGUGGUUGACGAUCCUAUUUGCGGGAGGAAAUUAGUUCCAGUAAGAGAAUUGGAAGUUUCCUUGGACCAAAUGAUACAGAACGGCUAUUUUGAGAAGCACAACAUUCCGAUAUCGAGGCCGGUGGGCGGGGAGGUGAAGGAAGAGAUAAAGGGUGCGGCUGGCAACAGCCUGCCAAACGGGAAGUGCUUAUCGGGCACCGGCGGGAAGGAACACCAGGCGACGAGAAAAAUUAGACAUCUGCCGCAGGUGUUAGCAGCCCUAGCAGUGUCCCUAGCCCCCUUCUCAGCGGGUCUCGGCAAGGGGUACAGCUCCCCUGCCAUAGCGUCCCUACAGGGACCGGGAGCUAAUGCCACUAGAAGAGACUUCCAGCUGACUGACCAACAGGCGUCGUGGCUUGCCUCACUGUCUUUUCUAGGUGCUCUGUUCGGUGGCAUGGCAGGUGGUGCUGCGAUGCGCCACGGUCGCCGUCGUGUGCUGUCCCUGGCGGCGGCACCCUGCAGUCUCUCCUGGCUACUCACUACCGUGGCGACCUCUGUCAGGAUGAUGUGCAUCACCGCCUUCUUGGGAGGAUUCUGCUGUUCUAUAUUGACUAUGCUGUCGCAAGUGUACAUCAGUGAGAUAUCAGUCCCGGACAUCCGCGGCUGUCUCAGCGCCGUGCUCAAGAUAGUCGGCCAUCUUGGCGUCCUGUUCAGUUUCACCAUCGGUGCCUAUCUCGACUGGCAACAGCUCGCACUCUGUAUAUCUGCAGCCCCUCUACUUCUCUUCUGCACCGUUCUGUACAUACCUGAGACACCGAGCUACCUCGUUCUCACAGGGAAAGAUGAAGAAGCAUACAAAAGUCUGCUCUGGUUACGUGGUCCUAACUCUGAUGUUGCCCAAGAGUUAGCCACGAUCCGCACAAACGUCCUCGCCAGUAAGAACUUCAGCCAACGACAGAGUCAAAUGUCAGGGAGUCAACUCAUCAACUCCUUGGACGUAAGGACCAUGAACCGGCUCUUAGGACCAAUUCUAGUGACAUGCGGCCUAAUGAUGUUUCAAAGAUUUUCUGGAGCACACGCGUUUUCGUUUUACGCUGUGCCGAUAUUUAGGAAGACCUUUGGUGGCAUGAACCCUCAUGGAGCCGCUAUCGCUGUGUCCUUCGUUCAGCUCCUCGCGUCUUGUCUGUCCGGCUUGCUUAUUGACACUGUUGGUCGUCUUCCUUUACUGAUAGUCAGUUCCGUAUUGAUGUCUAUGGCGCUCGCAGGGUUCGGAAGUUACGCGUACUACGAAGAGGUGCACCGCAAUCAAAGAAUUCAGAACGUAAUGUUCCACCAGACUAUUGGACAAAAUGAUUGGAUUCCAUUGCUUUGUGUUCUAGUGUUUACGAUUGCGUUUUCGUUGGGUAUGAGUCCUAUAUCUUGGCUAUUGAUUGGAGAGUUGUUUCCUCUGGAGUACAGGGCGUUCGGCAGUGCGAUGGCGACGGCAUUCAGCUACCUCUGCGCCUUUGUCGGCGUCAAGACCUUUGUAGACUUCCAACAAACGUUAGGAUUGCACGGCGCGUUUUGGUUGUACGCUUCUAUAAGUGUAGGAGGUCUCUGUUUCGUGGUCUGCUGUGUCCCGGAAACUAAAGGCAAGGACCUCGAUGAGAUGGACCCCAAUUACGUUCAGAGUUUGUCGCCGAAAAGGUAAAGAGUUAGAGCAUUUCGUAUUUACUUGAAGACUUUUGGUUUAGACGUAGUUUAGAUAAGGUUUUAAGGAAAUGUUAUUCGGGACAGAACUAUGGAAGACAAGAAGUUGCGGGUCUCUAUUGAUUGUAUGGUCACAUGUUAACGUGUGUUCUUAAGUAAGAACACCUCGUAUUGUCUGCGUCACCUUCUGAUAUAAGAUCGUCUCAAAUAUUAUAAAUAAUGUAGAUUAGAAAUAGUUCCCCGUAUUUAAAGUGGCUUAAAGAUUGCAAAGUUUUCAAGUAAAUACGAACGUUCGAGAACAAUUUGUACGUAGGAACAAAAUUAUAUCGAAUCCACCGCGAAAUUUUGGCUGUGCUUUUAAACAUUUUUUAAAUAAAAUAAAAAGAAAUACGCCACGUAAUUUUAUGGUGGGCGAUAUUAAUCUUUAGAAUAUUUAGUAAAAAAAUUGAAUUAAUGUACUCGCAUAUCCUUACACCCAUAUCUAAAUAGUUUCAUUUAAAGUUAGUUUGUUUAAGAUUGCAGUGGUCCACACUUUACCUCUCUAACUCUCCCUAGAGAUAAUUACAUAGAAAAAAAAUAUAAUUAUAUUUCCCAAAUUCUCAAGAAUAGCGAAAGUAUCUAUCUUACUUAACUAUUAACUGGUUAAUAUUUUAUCGAGCUUUCCUAUCUUAACUACGACAAUAAAAUAAGACAAUAAAUAAUUAUUAUGAAAAAUAAAUAAUUAGUCUAGAGUCGAUUUGAGUAACUGAAUUAUAAUUAUUUGAAUGAAAUAUACUUAGAAAGAAUGCAGUGACUGUAGAC